AUGGUUGACGUGAGGUCAGGAUCAGUGGUGUACAAAGUUCUGGAAGGUGCAACGGUCCCGAACAAGCAAGUGGACCAUAUGAAAGUUGCAAAUUCGCAAACGGUGCGGGAACAAACUAUGCCCUUCAGUCAAAAUAUUUGUAAAUGCUGCCGGAACUUAAGGGUUCACACUGUCCGUCAGGUAUUGCAGGACCUCUCAGGCCCAGGCUGCGAAACCAUGGCAUCAACUUUGUUGUCGCAGCCACCGCCUUUAGAAUUGCGCAGCAGUUCCAGACGUUCAGUGUUUGAUGGAACAGAGUUCAGAGCCGGUGAAAUAGUAAUGAAUGACAAUAUAAUAGUGCUCCUAAAGGAGUUAUUACUCAGCAAUGGCUUGGGCGCACGCACUCUCUUUGGGACAGUACUGUUCCUAGUGCUUUCUGGAUUGGAGGAACUCCUGGAAAGGCAGAUGCCGUGUCCGUGUACUUCCCUGGAUUCAAAUCAUACAUACACUGGUCUAUUCUUUGGAUUCCCUGCAGUAAUAUUGCUUUUGAUCAGUCUACUGCUGCAAUUUGAAUUAUAUCAGUUCCGUUUCUGUUGCGAAAGAGGCUCAGGAAACACAGGGGCACACCAAGAGACUUCGAUAUUUGAGCGUCAGUGCUGUUUUCUUGUAUGCAAGAGUUUGCUUUUGCUGUGGAAAAUUUUAAUUCCCCCAAUAUUAUGGAUUAGCAUAUUGCUUUUGGAUGGCGAUUACUAUGCAUGUGCUAAGAUCGAUAUUACAGAAGUGGGCAAUACGACGUGUGCCAAGUUCCAGUGCGAUCGCGGCCUCGGCAGUUUCUUAACUGGGCAACGACAUCAUUGUGAUUUGUCGCGGCAGGUCCCUCCAACACACCUGAUGAUUCCCCACAUGAGGAACAGAGCCAAGAUCCAGUGAGCAAUCUGGUGGAAGUUUGGAUCUGAUCCACAACCAAGGAGGAAGUGCAGAUAGUGCCCAACAGGAAAGUACCCACUGCACUCCCUGAUGAAGGGUCUAGGCCCGAAACGUCAGCUUUUGUUCUCCUGAGAUGCUGCUUGGCCUGCUGUGUUCAUCCAGCCUCACAUUUUGUUAUCCAGCACUAUUUAUUGACAUGUAUUGCAAUUCUGUUUAUUUUGUUAAUUGGUGAAACAGCCAAAAUUGAAGGAAAAUGUUCCUCUUUCAAAGUUUUCAAGAUGUGUGUAUUCAAAUACAAACUGGACACUUAAAACACAAAUAAUGUAACUUCAUGGUAAGUUCAAAGAGGGGUGAAUUCAGCCACUAUGUGGGAUGUAGCUGGGAAGGAGGGAGUGUGUAAUGGCAUUGGAGGGGGAGAUGAAUUGCGGGGUAGUCGUGUGGAUGGGGAGGAGAUUGCCCAAGAGAGGUUGACUGAAUUGAGGAAACUUCUUUGGACUAGAUCAGCAUGGGAGAGAAUUUGUGGCAUGAGUGGGGAUGGUGCUUUUGAAAAAUGGCAGAAGUGCAUUGGCUGGCAACGAUGCAAUGGAAGGGAAGAAAUCAACACAUCUGAUGAUCCCAAAGUGCAGGAAAAGAACUCCAAACAAGGUCCCACUGGCAGCACUGUGAAAACUGGUGGAAGCCUGGAUUAGCACCCUGAGCAAGGAGCAAACAAGGAUGAUGACCAAGAGGAAGGUCAGUCUGCCACGGGGAUGCAGGCAACGUAACUAAAGACCUCUCACACUCUGGUUAUACACUUUUUCAACAGGCAGAGGACACAAAAGUUUUUAAAAAUGUACCAACAUGAUCAAGAACAGUUUCUUCUACACAGCUAUCAGACUUUUGAAUGGAUCUUUCAAAUAUUGAAGUUCAUUCCUCCCUGCACCUUC